AUGACUGGGACAUUUCACCAAGUGGACUAUGCCUAUCAUAAGAAGAGUUUCCUCAAUUCGGCACGAUACUGUGGCACAGUGGAGCCGCGGAGGCUGAGCUGUGGCCGCGCAGGCGCGCAGGUGAGACAGGUAGGCCCGCCCCAUCGCCCCUCGCGCGCCUCGCUCACCUGCCGUCCCUCAGUCCAUCGCUGCACGCCGAACUGGCGACUUGUGUUCUGCGCGCGCCGCACUUCUCCACGCGUGUUCUCGCUUCCGACGACCAAUCUCCUCAGAACUUUUCUCGAGUUCCCGCCGCUUUCGGUUCGAGUUCGGCGGCGAGUUGCCGUCGAGAGCUCGGUGGUCGGCCGCGGAUGCGGUCGUGAGAGACGCGGGGCAGGCCUCGAGGAGGCCGUCGGCACGCUGUUCCCGCAGCCGCUUGGGUGCGUGUCCUACGCAACGCCGUGCAGCUGCUGUCCACCGCUGUUCCUGCAGCACCCUCUCCCGCUGCCCCUGCCCAUCCCGCUGCCCAUCGCUUUCCCGAUACAGUCCUUAGACCCUGUCGCUAAACACCAGCGUCUGCUGCUCUCGAACAUGGUAAGUGAGAAUUUCCCGCGUAAUUUUCGCCGCGACGAAGUUGUGUGA